AAGAGAGUUGAAGGUGGCAAUAAAUGGACAUUCUAACCAAGCUGAAGAAUUAUUGUUCAAAAAAUCAAUAAUAUCACCGCAGCCCGAGCCUAGUGGAUUAGACAUUUUGAGUCAGGUAGCUCAGGAUAUGCUUGGACGACGUGCGAAAUUAUCUCAAAAAGUAAAUCAAAGAUUGAUUACGUUACAACCAGUAAAAGUCGACGAAAAUAUAUCAAAAUUAACAUUUGACGAUUUUAAACUUCAAGAAAUUGUAGAAUCGUCAGACUUUUCAAAAGAAUCAAAGGCACAUUUUGUACUAUCAAUUCAAAAAUAUGCUUUAGCGUCUUCCAAGAAGAAUUUGUCGAAAAAGUUACAACCUAUUGUUGAUAAUUUACAAUCUAUUUUAACGAAACGAAUAAAUUCCCGCCUUACACAACAAUUAAACUUCGUUGCUCAAAGACAAAAAUAG